UCUGUGUGCUCACCGGAGCGCGUCCGCUCGGUGCCGCCAGGCUGCUACACCGGCGCGACCGGCUCGCUGUAGCGAUUGGGAUAGCGUGUGUGUUGACUUUGGUAGCAUUGCCGCCGUGCAUAGCUAGCAGAGUGUGUCCACUCAGGCUAACGGAGCCUACGCUAAAUCCGACAGCUACCUCCUGUUCCACAGGACCUCGGCCCAAGUAGCGGAGCGCUCUCGCGCAGGCUACUGUUGGGCGAUUCCAGCGCUAACGAGAGCGCGUCCGCUCGUUGCGGCUGGAUGCCACACUGCUACACCGCGACCGGCUUCCAGUGAGCAGAGCGUCCCGCUCAGGCUCACCGGGGGGACGCUAAGGAGGCUAUAAGUCGAUACUGAUGCAUACGUGCACAUGUACCUCUAUGACAUCGCCGCUGUUACAGCAGCAGAGCGUCUCCACUCAGGCUGCCACGCUAAUGCUGACAGCUACCAGACGAGUGAAGUGUGUCCUCACUCUCUCACUAGACAUGCUGUUUUCUGACCCGUGUUCACGGGAUCAGCGUCUACAGUAGCGCAGAGCUCCCGCUCAGGCUUACCGGGAGGCACCACCUUUCUCUCCGUGGUCUUAAGCCUCGUCAUAUCCCAGGCGGUGGAGUCCCUGCAGGCCCUGGAGUGUUGGAGCUCCCUCUGGGUCUCCGUCAUCGGGCUGAUGCUGGUGCUCAUCACGCUCAUCAUCUGCAGGCAGCCGCAGAGCACGGCCAGGGCUGCGUUCAUGGUUCCUUUCGUGCCACUGCUUCCUGUCUUCAGCACCUUCGUCAACGUCUACCUCAUGGUUCAACUCGGGUGGAUGGCAGUAGGUCUAAUCAUCUACUUCUGCUACGGUGUUCGGCACAGCGUGCAGAAGCAAAGGCUCCAGAAUGCACGCAACCACGUCAGCAUUCACAGCAUCGCCACGACGAUGGAGCAGAACUUUCAGCCAGGAGGAGACUCUAACGGCUGAAUAAUGAGGCUGAUACAGCGAAUCAUCGAGAGAAGGGAAGAUGCUUUAAUUUGUUUAUUUUAAAAAUGGCCAGUGAUAUACCGAAUGGUGUCGGUUCAUGAAUUAAGAAGGUUAUAUAUGUUAAGAAUAUAUUAACACAACCUCUCUACCUCUAUUGUGUUCUAAAAAGUAAAAUGUCAUUCAUCCUUAUUAUAAUUAUUUUUCUUUUGUUUUGUCUUUGUUAUUUUUUUAUUUUUUAUCUUUUCUUUCUUUCUUUACUUUUGUUGUUUCUAUUUUUCUUUCCUGUUUUCUUUUUCACUAUUGUAAACUGACUCACACACAAACAAUGAAAAUACUUGUUUUAUUCCUGUAUGUCAUAUUGUGCAUUAUCAUCAAUAAAGUAUACAUCAACAUCAUUAAAAAAAUAUUUGAAUGUC